AUGAAUUCCAACAAUGGUAAACGCCCUAUUCCAUUUUCUUCUUCAUCCUCAUCUUCAUCCUCACCUUCACCUUCACCCUCACCCUUAUCCCAACAAUCAGAGGAUGAUCUUGAUCUCAAUACUAUAAUACAAUCACAAGAGCAAGCAUUACUAAAUGUAUAUGCUAACAACAACGUUGUCAUGGCUUACUAUAUGGAAACGAUGGCAAAUCAAGCUAGCAACUCAAGGCACGGUGGUUCGGUUCCUGGCCAUAGAGUGAUUCAUCGUGAUCGUGUCGAUGGUGAUAGAAGGUUAUGGGCUGAUUAUUUUUCAGAAAAUCCAAAAUAUAAUGAAACAAUGUUUCGUAGACGAUUUCGAAUGAGUCGAAAUUUGUUUUUACGAAUUGCCAACGCCGUUAAAGAUCAUGACAACUACUUUGUGCAACGGAGAGAUAGAAUUGGAAGGCUAGGCUUGUCUACUUUACAAAAAGUAACAGCAGCCUUUCGAAUUUUGGCUUAUGGAGUACCAGCGGAUGGAACGGAUGAAUACAUUCAAAUUGGAGAAUCAACUGCAAUUGAAAGUGUGAAGAGAUUCUGCCGAGCAAUUGUAGAGAUCUUCGGGGAGCGCUAUCUAAGAGCACCUGAUGCUAAUGACGUUGCAAGGUUGCUUCAAAUUGGCGAGAGUCGUGGUUUUCCAGGGAUGCUUGGGAGUUUAGAUUGUAUGCACUGGACUUGGAAAAAUUGUCCAACAGCUUGGGCUGGACAAUAUUCUGGGCGUAGUCGAGAACCAACUAUUAUUCUUGAGGUUGUAGCUGAUUAUGAUUUGUGGAUAUGGCAUGCACAUUUUGGUUUGCCAGGGUUAAAUAAUGACAUUAAUGUUUUGGAGGCGUCUCAUUUGUUUACAAACCUUGCAAAUGGUAUAGCACCCCCAGCUCAUUAUGUUAUUCAAGGAGAACAGUACCAUACGGGAUAUUAUUUAGCUUAUGGUAUAUACCCAAAAUGGUCAACAUUGGUACAAACCAUUCAUGAACCUCGAGGGCUAAAGAAAAAGUUAUUUGCAACGAUGCAAGAAGCAUGUAGAAAAGAUGUCGAACGCGCAUUUGGGGUCCUCCAGUCACGAUUUGCAAUAGUCAAGGGACCGGCACGUUUUUGGGAUAAACGUGUAUUACAUGAUAUAAUGACAUCUUGCAUCAUAAUGCACAAUAUGAUAAUUGAAGAUGAACGUGAUGAGCAAGCGGAUAUACAAAGGUGGAGAGAAGCGCCGGCUAUUGAAGUUGAUCUACGUAGAGAUGAAGCUACUCUAUUUCAAGAAUUUCUUGCUCGACAUAGACAAAUAAAAGAUAGAGAAGCGCAUUAUGCACUUCGUAAUGCAUUGAUUGAGCAUUUGUGGCAACUAUAUGGUAAUUCUGAAAAUUAA